AUGCAAGGAGUCUCUUGGAGCGCUUCAACAUGGGGGAGUUUGAUUUAUUUGACUAUCACAAAGCCCGAGAUCUCAUACUCUAUUGGUGUGGUUGCUCAAUUUAUGCAAAAUCCGAGUUAUCAUCUAGAUGCUGCAAAGAGGAUCUUGCGUUAUGUGAAAGGAACUCUAAGCUACAGACUUCUAUACAAGAAUUGUGAUAACUUCUUGUUGAGUGGAUUUGUUGAUGCAAAUUGGGCCGGAGAUCCAAAUGAUCGUCGGUCAACUACGGGAUACUGUUUUAGUACUGGUUCAGCGGUCAUUUCGUGGUGUUCAAAGAAACAAGAAACUUUGGCCUUGUCAAGUAGUGAAGCAGAAUAUGUUGCAACAACCAUGGCUGCACAAGAAUGUGUUUGGGUGAAGAGAGUGAUCGGAGAUAUGCUACAGAACGUCGACUAUCCUGUGAAGAUCAGGUGCGGCAAUGAAAGUGCUAUAAAGCUCGCUUCAAAUCCAGUUUUUCAUGCUCGUACGAAGCACAUUGAAGUUCGACAUCUCGUGAGAAGGUUCUGA